CUGUGGCGCUGUCGUCCACAUCGCACUGACCCGGUACGAGUUUCCGGUCUCACACCGUGAACGGACCGGGGUCGUGCAGGAUGGCGUGGAGGAGCUGCUCCGCUCUCUGGAGGCUGACCGGGAGAGGAGGCAGGUGGCCUCACAGCCUCCAGCAGAGGUGUGGCUUCAAAAAAGCCUCCAGGAAACCGGAAGGCAAAAAGGUGGAGGAGGAGCUCGGCCCCGCCCACACAGAGUCCCCUGAGGGGGCGGUCCAGCGCCGGGCGCCGCCCCCUCACUGGGAGCAGCAGGCUUCGCCCAGCCCCCCGCGGGCCUUCGGCCGGCUGGUUCGGCCGUUCCUCUUCACGGUGGGGUUUACAGGCUGCUCCUUCGGCGCGGCGGCCGUCUGGCAGUACGAGUCUCUGAAGUCCCGAGUCCAGAGCUACUUCGACGAGGUCCGAGCCGACUGGCUGGAGAAGGUCCGGCCGCAGAAGCGGGGAGACCUCCGCAAAGAGGUGAACCACUGGUGGAACAGCCUGAGUGAAGGCCAGAGGACCGUCACAGGAAUCAUCGCCGUGAACGCCGUCGUCUUCCUCUGCUGGAGAGUCCCAUCCCUGCAGCGGUCCAUGGUCAAGUACUUCACCUCUAACCCCGCCUCCAAGACUCUCUGCUCCCCGAUGCUCCUCUCCACCUUCAGCCACUUCUCCUUCUUCCACAUGGCCGCCAACAUGUACGUCCUCUGGAGCUUCUCCACCAGCGCCGUGUCCAUGCUGGGGCGCGAGCAGUUCAUGGCCGUCUACCUAUCCGCAGGUGUCGUCUCCUCCUUCGUCAGCUACCUGAGUAAGAUGGCCACCGGGAGGUUCGGCCCGUCUCUGGGAGCGUCUGGAGCCAUCAUGACCGUCCUGGCCGCCGUCUGCACCAAAAUGCCGGAGGCGAAGCUGGCCAUCAUCUUCCUCCCCAUGUUCACCUUCACUGCCGCCAACGCUCUGAAGGCCAUUGUCGCCAUGGAUACGGCCGGGAUGGUGCUGGGAUGGAAGUUCUUCGACCACGCCGCUCAUUUAGGAGGAGCCCUGUUUGGAAUAUGGUACGUCCUGUUCGGCCAUGAGCUCAUCUGGAAGAACCGAGAACCUUUCGUCAAACUAUGGCACGACCUGCGGACGCGAGGACGAGGAGGAGGGGGAGGGGCAGGGGGAGGAGCCGUGUAGGCGGCGUGAACGGCGCCCUGAAUCAAAGCGUAGCCAUGUAAAAACUGUACAGACUCCAGGAUCCUGGAAGACGGACCGUCAGAGAACAAACCGCUGGAGGAUCGUCAUCCUUCUUCUGAGUUCUGGUUCCACCAAAGACUGGACCCGCCUCAGAGCUCCGCCUCCUCGGCCCGUCUAUUUAUGGUUGUUGAUUUUCUUUCAAAAUAAAAGUUUAAAAUGAA